ACAAAAACGUGAAGGGAGGCAACGCCGUAUAGCCUCACCCACAGAGCAGCAUGAGGUUCCAAACAGCAGCUAUAAUUUACCACAGCCGACCAGGUUUCCACACACGCCACCAGUGCACUGAAACAAAGCGGCGUUAAGUGCCAAUUAUUCGCAAGAAUGGUGCGUAAAAGCAAAACGAAACUCACCCACGGAGAGCGGAGUGCUGAUUACGGAGUGAAUCCAACGCAGCUGGACAUCCCAAACGCCGCCACGGGCACAACUAAAACAAACCCAAGGAAGAGCAGCAAGGAUCCACGCACGGAAGCGUCAAAAGAGGAUCUGAGCCAUUUCAGACCUGAGCUAAAAAUCCCCUCGGUCCUGCCCAGCAAUCAGCGCAAAAGCCAGGUGCGCGCACAGGUGCGCUCCAAGAAACAGGUGGGGGAGGGCGCACGCUCUCCACACUGCCACACUAGGAUAGGAUGAGUGUGAAAGUACAGAGAAAUCCCAUUAUGGCUAUGAGAAUGCCAAAAUCAAAGGAGGUUCUGUCUUCCACAUCUGGAAGUGACUCUGACAGUGAUGUAGAAAGCAAGGCAAAGAGAAAGAAGCCAAGUGCACCAGAGAAGCCAGCUAAGAAACCAAAGAGUGGCGAGAGCUCCAAGCCAGGUGGCUCAUCCAAGGGCAGCAGUAAUGCUGAUGACAACAUGUUCCAGAUUGGAAAGAUGAGAUAUGUCAGUGUCAGGGACUUCAAAGGUAAAGUCCUGAUUGACAUCAGAGAGUACUGGAUGAACCAAGAUGGGGAGAUGAAGCCAGGGAAAAAAGGUAUCUCCCUGAAUCCUGAGCAAUGGAGCCAACUUAAGGACCAGAUUUCAGAAAUUGAUGAUGCCAUUAAAAGAAUAUAAGCAUUCCUUUUAUGUUAUCUGUUGACCUAAUUAAACUUGUUGGCUAAUCAGUUUUGUAAAAAGCCUGGAAUUGUUUUCUAAUGGACUUUAAUUUUUAGUUCUAUAGAUCUAGUGUUGUCUGCAUACUCUGGUGUGCAACUUGUUUUUGAGCUGUUGUAGUAAAGGUAUGGGUGGAUGAGUUGGUGGUUCAUUAUUACAGUAGGUGGAUAGGAUGCAUCAAUACAGUGAUGUUUGUAUUGAAUAAAACACGAGGCACUAGCUUAAUAUUGUUGUUCAGCCAAUGUGUAAGUUCAUGUUCACAGUUUGACUAUCAUGUACAUAUAAAUGAUAAGACUUUGUUUCAUCUGACCUUUGUAAUAUGUAGCACCCAGUAUCAGUGCUCCUCAAUUCUGAAAGCCAAGCUCAAUUUGUCAUGUGCUUGCAGUUGAUUAGAUUCAUGGGUUGAACUGUUAGGUUAGGUUUUGAAAAUAAAUGAUACUAAACAAACUGGCAUAUUCAAUUAUUCAAAGCAUUGUAUUACAUUUGCAUUACCUAACAAGGUAACUAUUAACCAGUUCUGUCAGUCAUAAAAAAUGUGAUUUGUGAACCAGUGAAUAUGGGGCUUAUGUGGUCUUAGUAUGUAAGGCCAAAAUCCCUUGACCUUUCAUGUAGUUUUCACAAAACUAGUAAUUUUCACAAACUUGGCACAAAUAAAUCUAACUAUAUCAGAUCAUAUACAGAUGCCUACAUGCCUCACUAGUGAUUCUAUAUACAGACUCAUUAAAUACAUAUGCACAUGUACACAUAGUCCAGGCCUUUGUAUGUGUAAGUCUUUGUCAUUUAUUUAAACAGCCGUGUCCCAGUGAGGUUAGAGACCCUUUAUUGCAAAGGACACCAUCAGUCUGAACCAGGAUUACAAUGAAUAUCACACAGAAACAGUUGUCUUCAAAGUUCCUCCCCAAAGAUUCCUCUUUACUGCAGCACAAUGAACAUUCAUUAGUUUGUAGUUCAUAUCAUUUUCACCAUAUUCAGAUGUGGGCUGCACGUCACUGCUUAAUUAAACUGUCAACAUAUGUGCUUUUAAAUGCAUUACAAUUAUAAUAAAGCAAAUAAACAACAAGGAUGUGUCCGUAGCCUCAUAGUGA